AUGGCAUCUCUCAACCUGUCAACCAACGGUCCCUCGAUCAAGAGGAGCUAUCAAUCCAUCGUCGACGGACCCGCGCCCUCAGCCAACUCGCCCACCUUUGCUCAAUGGGCUCUGUACUCGGUCCAGGCUCCCCUCACAAGUGCCUUCCAACAAGAUUCGAGCAAGGAGAGCGUCCUCAAAGUCCAGACUACCGGUGCUGACACCAAGACGACAGAGGGCGAGCUACAUGAGCUCCUCGAAGACUUCUCGGACGGUCGCAUCCAAUUUGCCUUUGCCAAGCUGAAGGAUCCCAACUCUGGCCUCCCCAAGUGCGUCCUGAUCUCGUGGUGUGGCGAGGGCGUUCCCGAGAGGACAAAGGGCUACUUCAACACACACCGUGGCGCCGUCUCCAAGCUGCUCCACGGCUACCAUGUAGAAAUCACAGCACGCUCCGAGAGCCAUCUCAGCCCCGAGAGCAUCAUCGAGAAGGUGUCCAACGCAUCUGGCGCCAAAUACGGCGGUGGUCCUUCAACCUCCGACUCGAGCGCAUCCUCGCGUGUCCCUCCUCCACCUGCAGCCACCAAGCCUGUCUUCAUGCCCACACGUACCGGCGGUUCUCUUCUUGCCUCGCGACCCAAGCCCGCCGCUCCCACAUCUACCGACAACGAUGGCUGGGGCGAGGAUGCCCCGCAAUUGUCCCGCAACACUCUCCAGAAGGUGGAAUCUGCAUACAAGCCUACAAAGGUCAACAUGGCCGAACUCACCAGCCAGAAGCAACAGCCCUCGCGCUUCCAACCUCCCACGAGGCAAGAGAACGACGGCCCCAGCGACAUCGUUAGAGGCGGCUACCAACCUAUUGGCAAGGUUGACAUAAACGCUAUCCGUAGCCAAGCGCGUGAGCAGAAAGACGAUAGACCAACCAUUGUCAAAGGUGCUUACGAGCCCGUCGGUAAGGUCGACAUUGCCGCCAUUCGCGCAAAGGCUCAAGCUUCUCCCUCGCCUGCUGCCGCUCCCGUAAACCAAUCACGCAAUGGUGAUGAUGACGAAGAACAAGCACCCAGAUCUCUGGCCGAUCGUUCCGCUGCCUUCAAUCAGUCUAGCCAAUCUGGCCGUCUCAGUGAGAUGCCAAAGCCCAAGGUCGCCAACCGCUUUGGCUCUUCGACAAGCUCCUUUGCAGGUACAAAGGCUCCCACUCCUGUUGGAUUCGGUGUUCCUCCACCAGCAGCCUCUGCCCCCAUUGGUGCUGCUAGUAAGAACUUUGGUAGCACUGAUGGCAAGUCUCCAGCACAGCUGUGGGCUGAGAAGAAGGCUCGUGAACGUGGACUCAGCGGUGCUGCUGACACUGCUCCUCCCCCGCCAGCUGCCGCCGCUGCUUCGCCUAUGCAGAGCCAGCCCAGUGGAGGAUGGCAAAGUGGUUACUCUGGCAAGUCUUGGGCUCCUGUCUCGACUGACCGUACAGGUACUAGCAACAUCAGCGCUCAGAAGACUGGCCAGGACGACGUCAGAUCGCCUGAGCGUGAGACGGAACCCGAACUUCCAUCUGGUGGUGUCAGCGCUCUCAAAGAUCGUUUCAAGAACGCUGCUCCCAUGGGCGCCUCUCACACUGACGACGAGUCUCCCGCACGUUCUAUGCCUCCCCCGAUGGACUUCUCUAGCAAGCCCAAUGCUGGUCUUGGCAGUCGCUCCGUGCCGCCUCCUCCACAAGAUGAAGAGGACGACGAUAGACCUGAGGAAGAGCACGUCAGCCUCCCUCCUCCUCCUGCCCAACCCCGCAGUCCCACGCCUUCUCCUCCCAGCUCUCCUAUCCGCGUCGCCAUGCCUGUGGCCCGUGGAGCGCCCGUAGAGCCUAUGGAAGCUCCGGAAGAGCGCUUCGAUCCUCCCCCUAUGCCAACCCAGUCUCUGUCAAACGCCGCCUCCGCCGCUGCAUCACACAUGCGUGACGAGCCCGAAGACGAAGAAGACCAUGCUCGUGCUGCUGCUGAGGAAGCUUCGACCACUACCUUCGGUGCUGCCGCUGCCAACGCCAAUCCAGGUGCAGGUGUUGCUGGAAAGCGUGCGCUCGUCCAAUAUGACUACGAGAAGGCUGAAGACAACGAGAUCGAGCUUCACGAGGGCGAGUAUGUGGAGAACAUUGAGAUGGUCGACGAGGAUUGGUGGAUGGGCCAGAACUCGCAGGGCGAGACUGGUCUGUUCCCGUCCAACUAUGUCGAGCUUGUAGAAGAUGAUGACGCUGCUGCUGGCAGUGCCGCACCACCUCCCCCGGCUCCUGCUCGCGAUGAACCUGCUGCCGCACAUGCCGCCCCUGCUCCCGCAGCUGCUGGUGGGCAAACCGCCACAGCACAAUACGACUACGAGGCCGCCGAAGACAACGAGCUCAGUUUCCCCGAUGGCGCAAAGAUCACCAACGUGGAAUUCCCCGAUGAGGAUUGGUGGUUCGGCCACUACAAUGGCCAAGAAGGUCUGUUCCCUGCCAAUUACGUCGAGCUGGAUCAGUAG